AAACUUGGUAGUAGUUCAAAAGACAAAAGACUAAGGUCGUGUUUGGUAUAUAUAUAUAUUGAAAACAUUUCUUGUCUUGAUGGCAUACAUAAACAUGUUCAACAAUGAGCAACAGCAAGGCCACUGCACUUCUAUCCCGAGGAUAUCCUUCUCCAGUGACUUUGCCGAUUCGCAACAAGCGGUUAAACCCGAAAACAGCUACAGGGAACCCCCCGUGUCCUCCGAUUUCGAGUUCUCCCUCUCCAACUUCGGCAUGAUCGCUGCGGACGAGCUUAUUGUCAAGGGAAAGUUGUUGCCUCUGAAAGAACUCCUUGCCGACGAAGAAGAAGACGACGAGUACGAUACCGUUUUCCAGAGGCCUCCGAAGAGUUCCGGUCGAUGGAAGGGGAAGUUGGGUCUAAAGAGAUCUCAAUUUUUACCAAAGAAAGCUGAGAAGGGCCAGGAGCUAUAUAAAAGGCCUAAUUGAUGGACUGCUAGUGGUAAUGGAGGAGGAAAAGUAAUGUAGAAUCAUGGGCAUUGUCUAAAGGAAUCAAGGAUUUUUGGAUGCUAAUGCUAAAUAGAAGUACAGGUUUGGCUGGAAGUAGAGAUCUUAAAGGCUUGUUUGUUUGGUUUAACUCUUUAUCAUUUUUCUCAUUCGAAUCGUGUACGCAUGCAAAUGGGGCCUAUUUUAUUCUGUACAAAUGUCUGCUGAAAGAAUUUCAAGUAGUAUGCUUAACAUGUAUUUGAUUGAUCUAGUCUAUGUGUAAUGCAAUAAUCCUUUGCUAGCUAUUUUUUCA